AUGCACACCUCACUGUUUACCAGUGGUCUCUGGCUUAGCCUCGUCGCCGCUAAGCCAUGCUCGGACAAGACAAAAGAUGAGAAGACUAUUGGGGCCUACCAGCAUCCCGACAUACCAGACGCCAUCCAGCUCCAGCAGCGUUCAGCCGACAAGCUUAUCAUCUUCUGCAACAACUUUGCUCAACUCGACCAUCAUAAUGUUAACUUCCAUGUACUCAUUGACAAGCCCAAUCUCCAUUACCUUUUCGGACACGAGCUCCUCAGCCUACUCAGCAUCUUCGACAAAGCCGACAUCCUCUUCGUCAAUUCCUUUGGCAUCUACCAGCACCGAGUCAUCAGUCUCUACCCUCCCAACUACACUAGAAAUUUCAGCAUCGACGUCACUAUUGAGCACCGAUAUAACUACCUCAACUUUUCUGUCUACGACGACCUUCACCUCAAGCACAACCUCUCCAUUCCGGUGAGAAUCCACCCCAAAUUGACCAAUGUUGUCCAAAACCCAGGCUUCGAAGACGCUGGUGGCUCCCUUUCGCCAUGGCAAGCCGGUAUUGCGAUAGAUGGCGACGGCUCCGACGAUUUAGCGUUUACUGGCCUUGCACAACCCGGCAGCAAUUCCUCAAAUGCAGUGCUACUGCACGCUGAUGGCCCCCUUGGUGGAGGUGUAAUCAGUGCUUUCGUCUAUCAAACUGUCCCGACUGUUGCAGGCACGAUUUACAGAAUCUCAUACGACAUUGCCAUCUCGAUUGCGCAGCCGGACAACUUUUACAGUUGUGGUUUUUCCGGCUACCACGAUUGGGAAGCCUUCGACUAUUUUACAUUAGAAAAUACGCAGGGGUAUAGGAGGUAUACAGCCUUCUUUGGGGCUGCCGCAGACAAUCAGGUGCUGAAGUUCGUAGUGGAGUGCGACAGCUAUAGAGGCUCGGCCGAGAUUGAAAUUGAUAAUGUUUACGCAGUAGCAGUAGAGUAG